GAACAUAUCUGGUCAGGCCACAUUACUUGACAGCGAAACGAUGCGGAUGUAGGUUGUUAGCUGAACAUAACUACGAAUAGUAGCGAAUCAAGGUAUGAGCAUGCCUUGAAGGCUACUGGAACAAAUUCACUCAUCUGAGCCCACGGAUGAGCUGUCAUCGCUAACUGUGUAGUUACCUUUGAAUGCGGACGCUCUUGACGAUUACUUCGUCGUUCCUUUCCACUAGAUGAAAUUGCCGUGGCAGUCGCAAUAAAGACAUUUGCGCUUGUCAGUUGUGACAUAAACAUGAACUUUACUGCUGCUUCGGUCAGCACUCCAAACAUACAUUCAACCUUCACCGUCUUGUCUCAACCAUCGAAUCAUACCUUACCAUUCCCCAAAUUCUUCUUAUCGCUUGCCCAACAAUGCCUGAACUAUUGGAUAUGCCAGCCGAAAUCAUCAAUCGGAUCUGCCGCUUCGUUGGCCGGGAGUUCGACCCGAGCACUCAAGAGAUCUUUUACCGCGAUCAAGACUUCUACGCGCUCCGUCUGACAUGUCAAGAACUUUACUCCAAUACGUUAUACGACGCGAGUAUGCGGUUCCCUCUAAAAUUUCUGAAGAUCGCAUUCAAUUACCCGUCUCUUGUCACACUUAUACGGCUGACCAAGGCCCGAUAUAUCCGAGAUCGUAUUCGUCGUGUGCACCUCGUACGCGAUUAUGGCAAUCGCCGCGACGAGUUGGUGCAGACCGUUUGGGACAGAAUCAGAGCCAUGAUCAGAGAAGAGGAGGCGACAAAUUUCACUAGGUCAGGCGAGGCGGUUUACAUGCUGGCACAAUGUCUACGCAACCUUCGUGGAGCAAAUUUGUUCGACACUGUCAUGUACGAGGACGGGUUUCCAGAUGUGAUAGGACAAGCAGCCGUUUUCGAGGCUGUCAUAGCGGCACAACUGCCUAGAGAAGAUGUGGUCCGCCUUUCCAUCGACCUCAGAUACAUCCAGAGCCGAGGCGGGGUAGGACGGUGGGGAGACAUCACUGAUAUCGUGGGCGUAUAUAGGCCAUUGAUCCGGGACGCUGUUAUUACGGCACCUGUGUUCAAAGACUUGAUAAUACCGCCUAGGAAUAGGCCAGGGUUUCACAACCAAAAUUUCCGCCUUACACAUCAAAAAUUAGAUAGGGUCAAAGAUGCAAUCGAAGUAGACAGUGCUUUCAUUUCUCAUCAAUAGAAUUCUGUUCUCGUUGCCGGUUCAAAAGUCUCCAUGCACAUGUUCCAACUGCCAGAGGAAUUUUCAAAUUCAAAUGAUAUUUCUUUCCAAAGCCCAUCGCAUUCUCUCCAGUCAUAGUCACAAUCAUAACCUCACUUUCAGUCUCCAUCCCGUCCUUGCUACCCUCGCUACCACCAGAAUCCCGUAACCAAGUAGCAUCAGUCCGCCUGUGCAGAUUUUCAUCUACAGAUAAGUAGCAGUUCCAUGGCUCCGUGUACCUUCCCCAGCCUGAUCAGCAUCCCACCCACUGGAUCGCCCAGCAAUGAGGCGAAUCCAACCACACUAAAGCUAGUCCAUGCCCCCGCGCAUACGUAGCGUACAGUUCCAUGAUAGCUUUGACAGAGGCACAGACUGU